AUGCAUUACUUGAUCGUUUUCGCCACUCUCUUUUUUGCCAUCGAGCCUCUUCAGCCGGUAGCAAGAGACGUUUAUCUCAGCGUUCUGAGCAAUGGAACUGUUCUAGCAUCCACUGAUGGAUCUCUUCUCAGGGCUGAGCCAUCAAGUGUUGUUAAGCAGGCCAUCUCUGGUUGGGUUGUGGGGUUUGUCUCCGAUGACACUGAUGAUUCUAAACUACAACUAGAGAAAAUAUGCACCCCUGAGCCCAACACACACUCUUUUCCCACAGACCAUCACACCCCUCCUACCUCUUCUGCGACUGAGAGGCAGUCUAGCCAGGCCAUAGAUCUAAAUACAUGUACUUAUAGUCCGCCCAUACGUACUACUUACUACACCGAGUCUACAACGCCUUGGCUGCAAGGAAAACCGCUCAAUGUCUCUGCCUUCAGAGUGGAAUACUCUACCCAGAACCAGGUCAUUCAUACAUCUAGGUGCAUCAGCGAGGAGGAUGUUCGCUCGUACUUGCAUUUUGUAUCAAUAAAAAUGCGCUUCCUCACCAACAACAAAGCCUUCCUUAAUGUAGGCAGCUCUUUUGUCUCUCCCAUCUGUAUUCCUUCGUCCUACAAAGACACUGAACCGCCAAAUAAUGAUGUUAUCAGACUGCUGAACACAGAGAAUGCCUCAUUGUACAACGACCCCCCACGACCAAGCAACAAGAGCAUGCACAACCCAGGCAAUAAUUCUAAAGAAUCAGCCUAUGAGUGGCUCAAGAAUGUUCCUGCACGUGCCUCGAUCCGCAUAUUCAUUUCAAGCAUGUUUCCCAAUCACGACUCCUACAAGUUAACGUUGAAUGCAACAGACCUUUUCUCAUAUGCAGCGUCAUACUGGAAUGGUGGCCCGUGGAUCUAUGUUCCCCAUGCGCCUUCCUGUCUUGUGGUGGAUACAUCUCCAAUUGAUACUGUUACAGAGCUCAUGCGAUCGUUUUGGCGCUUGGCAGAGUUUGGCACAGCAAAGAUUACUCUGCUAGAGUCGCUUCUUGGUAAGAGCAAGGAGAUCAAGUCGCAGCUAGACCCGAUGGAGGUUAUGGGAAGCGGGGCCGCCACAGAGUUUUCUGUUCCGUCGCUUGCGUGGCAAAUUUACCAAAUGGGCACAGUACCCCCUUCUCAUCAUUUAAAGAUACAGUCAGAUAAGCACUCUAUCCCGGCGUAUAAAAUGUUCAUGCUUCUAGCAAGCGAUUGUCCACGUACCCGAUCAUUUACUCCUCCAAAUAGCACGACAACCAUGGCCGUAGAGCUGCAGUUAGACUCGUCUUUCAUUAGUGCACUCUCUCGUCCUAUCUCGCUUAUUUUAGAGUAUAGGCGUAACUCAGUGUAUAGCUUUGGCGGGCUAUCUAUUAGACUUAUUGUCGGAGAUCCCCAGACACCCGGUUCUCGAUUCGACUCUAUUGCCUACUCUGUCCAGAGCGAAGCGGAUGUAACAGGAAAAUUCUUUCUUGCAAUAGCACAGCCAAUUCCUGGACGCAUAUGGAAGUGUCCAAUUUGUGAUCUCAACUCAUUCGAUCUUGUUGUUGAGAAGACAGUCGCCCCUUGCUACACGUCUUCUCUGACCGAAAUGCUGGACAACAAGACACCUCCCACCUUUCCGCAGCUUUCCUAUGCUAUCAUCUCUUAUCUCUAUCAGCCGGCAUCAGGCUUUAACCGGUCCCUACCCCAUUCACUGUCCUCGUCAUCUGACACUGAUACGCCUAAGCUAUUCUUUCUCCCCUUUGAGCUGACAAUCCCUCCUGGGAUAGUGUGUACGAGCUCUGUCCCAGAUGUAGAAAGCAGCCCUGCAGCAACUAUCAAUUGUUCUUCAUAUACUUUUGCAUCUGGUUCUGUUGCCUUCAACAUACGUCCAGUAUUUAAAAAGGGUGGCGGCACUCUGCGCUACUAUGUACAGGACAUAGCGUAUAGUUGGCCUCACUACACGUUUAGAUCGUCGUUCGCUCUGUUCUCUGAUGGGACUAACACCGACCAAUCUAGUCUUUGGUUUUCAACCGGCCUUUUUGCGUCUGAAACACUUCAAAUAAAACUAAGCAAGGAUUCUAACGCACAGAAGGAUCUACCUGCAGACCUUUUGGUGCACUAUGUCUGUGGAUGGACGAACAGCUCUAGUGACGACAUUGCGGACGUGGUGGACGUCUACAAUACUCGGCAUGGGCAAAUGGCGAAUGCUUUGCUUAUCUUUACUGACGAAAAGUACAAGGCCUUGCUAUCUGCAGUGCCACGUGGGUAUGUCGCCAUAAGAGAUAUGUACUGGAACAUAUUCACCUGGGUGUAUGAUCAGACUUUCGCAGAAUCUAUUGGCAGCACAAUGAACCUGUCUCUAUCGUUUAAGGAAGCGCUUACUUCGGACACCGAUCUGAUGAGAGACUAUGAAUUUACUUACCGAGUAUUGAGUCUACCAUAUACUGACACCCAGUGCACGUUUAGAUACUAUGCCCAUGGGUAUACAGAGAAGGAAGCCCUUAGCAAUUAUUCACGUAUGUAUACGUAUACCCAUUACAAGGCUAAUACACGAAGGAUAGCCAUAACAGAACUAGACUAUUCUUCUGGAUCGUAUACAUUCACAUCUGCGUCAAUGCCAUUCCCGUAUCUAAUGGAUUAUGAUUGCACAGCAGCUGUGUUUAUGCCAACUCUUUUUUCGUCCAAGCGAUGGUACGCCCUAAUAGAUUCAUACAAUGCGGAUGACGAUGUAGAAAUCUAUCUAGACUUUCACACCAGCUUGCCAGAGUACCUUGUUAUCUUUAUUUCCACCGUAAGAGACGUUAUAUCCAUAGAUUGCCGAAUGCUUACUGUAAUUCAGCGUUCUGUGAGAGACGCAGCCGGCGAGAUGGUGAUGAUUAGCUAUAAGAUGUCGCUCAAGAAUUUAAUUGGUGACACAUCUUUCAAGCACCAGUCUAACAAUGCGACAAAUGGGGUGUCUAUCUCCUUUAGCGACGACGUUACUCUGGUGAACAUGCGAGUCGUCUCAAUCAAGCCACGGGUAGUAGGCGCUAUGCCACAGGAUGCUAGCAGUGAUGUGAAUAGCGACCUUCCUAAGUACACUAUGACCAUCCCAUCUGGAACGAUUCUCUGCGCCCCCAUGGACGCAAAUAUCACCACAUGGACACAUGAGGAUUUCGAUAUUAUAAUCAGCGGGAAAAGAUAUACCGUAUCAUCUGGUAAUAUGCAUACAGUCAGCACAGGAUACGUAUUCCAUCGGGGUUUGUACACGAUUCCAUACAGUUAUUGGGAUGAGCAGUAUAACCUAGAUGAGGAGCCCGUUAGUUGCGAACAUAAGACAUAUCUGUGGAGAGGUCUCAACUCUAGCCUCAACUGUGUACCGUGCCUGGACGGUUCUAUUUGUAAGGAUAAUAUCAGGAAGCCAUGCGACUUUGGGUUUUUCACCAGCAAGAACUCAGAAUCAUGUGAUAGAAUAUACCCUGGAAACUACAGUACAAUAACUGAGGAGAUUGCCUACCAGGAGCCGAUAUACCAUGUCCAAUAUACAUCAGACGGUUCUGGGUAUCUUACAACGAAUUGCCCUCCAUAUCUGUUCAUGAAUAAAGCUUUUUGCGUACCUUGCUUGCUAUUAGGGUAUCUUUGCAUUCCGGGAAAGGAACAGAUACUCUGUCCCCGAGGUUUCCGAUGCAUCAGAGGGAUGCCUAUCCCCUGCAUCGGCAACGAGUAUCAAGAUGAAGAAGGGCAAGGCACUUGCAAGAAAAGCGCUUCUACAUUGAUAUGUUAUGCCAGCAAGAAUGAGACCAAUGUCCCAUACUCUAUUGUAGAACAGGAAUACACAGCAAACCUACCGUUAGCAAUCCACAGCAUGGUCGGGGAUGGUCCCAAUGGAGGGUGUAGACCAUGCCCUGCUGGUCACUCUUGCAGAAAUCCCGAAUCUGUCGGGGGGCUGUUAGUCCAAAGAUGCCCCAUUGAUGAAUUUUCUAUGUCAGGCCUGUCACAGUGCGAGGGCUGUCCCAGUGGAGAUAUGCAAAGCGCCGUUGGAGAUGCUUGCAUCCAUAUCCCACUUAAGGUGCGUGAUGAUGCAACAGUCGACCCUGAUGACCAGAUGUGUACACCCGCAAAUUGUCUCUACACAUGUAUCAAUGACGUGUGCGUUUCUCCGAAUGCCCUUGAGUGGAAGAUUUUUAUCACAUAUGUUGGUAUCGCUAUUGUUCUUCUAGCUUUACUUAUCGUUGUCAUUAUAUUAUUAUUAAAGUAUUGUCACCAGUGCAAGAUACGGCGAAGGAGAUGUAACGGAUUGUGA